AUGGCUGUGCCAUCUGGAUGGGUGAAGAAAAGUUUUCUGUUUUGGUCAAAACUCCCGAAUGUGAAGAUUGAAGCCCUGCGUGUCAGCGGACAGGAGUAUAAUGGACCCACAAAAAAGAUUGCUGUUAUUGUUUACAAAACAUUCAAAGAACAUCACCUGGCGGAAGGAGCAGCUGAGGAGCUCUCGAAGCGGGAAAUAUCCGAUGUAGAUAGCAAGCGGAAGCGCCUCAAACCGACCAAAAAGCCGAAGCCAGUAACCUCAAAAGAUUACAACAUGAUGGUGCAAGGAUCGUCUCCGACACAUCCGGUAGAAUAUGAUUCUGAGCCCCUAUACGUAGAUCAGGAUGGUGUCAUGUAUUUUACGCCUUCAGUUGAGAACGCCAACAUGGCCAACCUUCAAAUAGCAGGAUCGAUGAGCUACGAACAGAUGAAGGCUGACUUGAAGGUGUUCAUCGAAGCGACUGUUGAGAAAGUGGUUGAAACAAGCUUUCAAAUCAACUUUGCCCGCUUUGCUGCCUUGUUGGAAAUUCAAAGAAAGGAUGAUUCCAAAAAACUGAAACCUGGUGAUUCGGUGGAGAGGCAUUCCCGUAUCAACACUGAAGACGAGCUAAUCAAGUGGAACAUAAAGCUAAACAACGAAGAGUUGUGUCGAAAAUAUUUGGAAUACUUUCCGAAGAUUAUCAUCGCCGAUGCCUACAACGACAAAGGAGGCAACGUUUGCUACACCGUAGUCGAUUGCCUGUUCACACGUGAAUUUUGGACAAAGAUGACAUGGACUGGAAUCAGCGGCAGCAAUAAAGCGAAAAGGGGUUUCCGUGAAUAUGGAAAUGUGACCCAACUUCUUUGCAGUAUUGUACAGAUUGGAGAUCCAUCGUAUACUGCAAAUAAACUGGAAAUGUUUUGUCGAAAUCGCUUAUUUCGCUAUUGCAAAUCCCGGUCCACCAAUCGUCAGCUUCGUAAGUCAGCAUGUAGACAACGACACGGCCACAAGUCUAACGCACCUACUCUCGACACAGCAAACGAGGAGAUUUCACAAAACUCGAAUGACACUGAUGUUUCCGAAAACGUCAAACAGGAUGCUGGUGAUAGUUCGGAUGGUGAAAGCGAAGAGGAUGAAGUAGAGUCAAACAGCGGAGGAAGUGAAACCGGAAGUAGCACUGAAGAUGAAUGA